AUGGCAGCAGGACACAACAGCAGCAUCACGCGUCGCAUCGACGCCCUCAUCAGCACCAUUACCGUAACUGCAGUCUGAGCGGCGCAGCAGAAACCCCCUCCCCGAUGCUUUCAAGUGCUGUAGGAACAAAAUGCGAUUUAUUUUCGCUGCAGCGAUGCAGCGGGAGCUACUGUUCAAAGUCCUGGUCAUCGGGGACCUGGGAGUCGGGAAAACGUCCAUCAUCAAGCGUUACGUGCAUCAGAUCUACUCGCAGCACUACAGAACCACCAUCGGGGUGGACUUCGCCCUGAAGGUGCUGCAGUGGGACAAGGACACGGUGAUCCGGCUGCAGCUGUGGGACAUCGCAGGGCAGGAGCGCUACGGGAACAUGACCCGGGUCUACUACCGCGAGGCCGUGGGGGCUCUGGUGGUGUUCGACGUGACGAGGGCCUCCACGUUUGACGCCGUGAUGAAGUGGAAGGACGACCUGGACCAGAAGGUGACCCUGAACCACGGGGUGCCGGUUCCGGCUGUGCUCCUGGCCAACAAGUCGGACCAGGCGCCGUGCCAGCAGCCCCGGCUGGACUCCUUCUGCAGGGAGAACGGCUUCGUGGGCUGGUUCGAGACCUCGGCCAAGGAAAACACCAACAUCGAGGAGGGGGCGCGCUGCUUGGUGGAGCACAUCCUGAGCCACGAGGAGGCACCGGAGAGGGACGCCGGCUCCCUGGUUCUGUCCGGACCCUCGGCCGGCGCCAAGGAGCAGCUCGCCUGCUUGUCCUGCGCCAAAUGACCACUCCCCGUUCCCCUCGAGGCCACGGCGCCGGGUGGAUGCGGCGAAUGUGAAGCUUCGUGGUGCGUUCAAGUGCUGCUUGGUGUCUGCUGCAUAAGCGGAGCCUCCUCUUCUUAGGACUGAAUCAAAGCAUAAAUGAAGGCGUUACUGUUUUAUUGUCUGAACACAGUCUCGUCGAGCUUCUCCUUCGCUUCCAGCUCAUCCGACGCGGUGACGUGUGACACUCAGCCGAUCUGACGGCUCCCCGCGAUUUGCUUCCCUGACACUUACAUGAGG